GAUAGCGGUGAGCUGAGCGUGGAGGGACGAUUGCAAAGCAACGAGAGUUCCACGCUGGAAUUGGGUGUGGUAACCUGAUGCACUGAGUGGAGGAGGCGUUAGUUCGGAGGUGCUGGGAGAGUCGUCUGAAUCGUGAGGGAGAUGGUGGGGAGGGAUGACAUGGAGAAGGAAUUUUGACUGCGAAGUGUAUGUCGAAGAGCUGAAGGCGGAGGUGGACAUAGAGGACGGGGUUGGUGAGCGACGGUACUGGUCAGAAAAUGAUGCGGAAGUUGAAGAGCUUGGAAAACUAGAGGAGACGGAAAGGAAGGAAGGCGAAGGUUGCAUUGCAGGGAGAGGGGUCGAUACCCCGAGCGCAUUCGCAAGUUUUGCAAGGCGAUGUGGUGGCAAGGGAGAUCGGGGAGGAGCCCAUCCUGGAAGGGGACUGCUGGCAGGGCUGGCCGAGUAUUGAGAAGACCGCUCAGAGGGCGUUAGAUUUGACAUGAGAACGCAGGGAAAGAGCGCGUCGAUUGAUUAGGCGAAAAGAGCAAGUUUCACCGCUGAAAAGCUGUUUUGAA